AAAAUAAAAAAUCAAAUCUUGUCUUGUAGUUUAGAAUAAUAAACCAUAUUCUAAUCUAUCUUUUGCUAAGAAGAGAAAGAAAUUGAGAGAAUAAUGAAUAGUGGUGAAGGAAAGGUUGUUUGUGUAACUGGUGCUUCUGGUUAUAUAGCUUCAUGGCUUGUCAAAUUUCUUCUCCAACGUGGUUACACUGUCAGAGCAACAGUUCGUGAUCCAAGUAAUCCUAAUAAGGUUGAUCACUUGCUUAAACUUGAUGGUGCAAAAGAAAGAUUGCAACUCUUCAAAGCAGAUUUACUAGAAGAAGGUUCCUUUGACUCUGUUAUUCAAGGAUGUCAUGGUGUCUUUCAUACUGCUUCACCUGCUGUUUUCGAUGUCGACGACCCUCAGACACAAUUAAUUGAUCCUGCAGUGAAGGGAAGUCUUAAUGUUGUUAAGUCAUGUGCAAAAUCACCAUCUGUGAAAAGAGUUGUUUUAACUUCUUCAAUUGCCACAGCUUUAUUUAGUGGAAGACCUCGAACUCCAGAAGUUGUAGUUGAUGAGACAUGGUUUUCAAAUCCUGAAUUCUUAUGGGAAAAAAAGAUGUGGUAUCAAUAUGCAAAGACUUCAGCUGAGGAAGUUGCUACAAAAUUCCUAACAGAAAACAACAUUGACUAUGUUGUUAUGAAUCCAGCAGUGACAAUAGGGCCUCUCUUACAACCAGAGCUUAAUGGAAGCUCCUACUUAAUUUUUAACUUAAUAAAUGGUUCAGAAACAUUUCCGAAUUUUACUUUUGGAUGGAUUAAUGUGAAGGAUGUUGCAAAUGCUCAUAUUAAUGCAUAUGAGGAUGUUUCAGCUAGUGGAAGAUAUUGUUUGGCUGAAACAGUGAUGCAUUUCUCUCAACUUACUAAGGUUUUGAGUAAUAUAUACCCAACAUUACAAAUUCCAGACAAGUGUGCAGACGAUAAACCUUUGAUGCCAACAUUUCUGAUUUCCAAAGAAAAAGCAAAGACAUUAGGAAUUGAAUUUAUUCCCCUGGAAGUGAGCCUCAGAGAGAUCAUUGAAAGUUUCAAAGAAAAAAAGUUUGCUAACUUCUAAUUAUUAUUAUUCUAUGAAUUUUCUAAUUUGUUAUAUUUCAUUCAAGAAAACAGUUUAUAAUCGUAAUAACAUUUUGGUUUAAAAAACUCUACUUAAUGAUGAUUUAUUAUUUAUUAAUGUGAAAUAAGGUUUGAUACUAUAUCAAACCAAGGUAGUUCAAAUGUGCUUCUUACACACUUUGCUUUGCAAUUACAAUUACAAUGCUUCUUA